ACCUUUUUGUCUAAUUCAUCAUCAAGAUAAGGCAAAAUACAAAUGCAAGCCUCUCUCUUCUACUUUUUUCCGUAGAAAAUAAAACUCAGAUUUCCACAUCAAAUCGAUAAUUUUCUCUCGCCGCGUUUUUUAUUGUUCUUCCUUGCUUUUCCCUUUUAAUUUCAUCUUCAGUUUCUACCGAUUUUCGAGCAGAACAUCUGUUUUAGUUUUCUGUGAUCUAAAAAGUCUGAAGCUUUGUUUAGUUGCAUCUCGAUGAUGGUUGAUUGUAAAUGGAUAGUUUCAGUUUGGUUGUAGCAGAGAAGCUAAGUUUGUCAUGUUAAGAAGACUACUUUUUAGGUUAUUUUCUUAAAUCCGAUUUGGGUCAAAAACACUUUGGAUUCAUCAUCCAACGAUCGAAAGUGUCUGUCUUUGUUAAUUUUGUUUCUUUUAGCAGAAGAAAUUCUGAGGAUUUUUACUCGAAUUUCUAGUUUUUCCUCUUUGUUGAUUGAUUUCGUAGCUAGAAGAAAUCGAUCUAGGUGUGUAUAUAUAUAUAUAUAUCCAUUCGAUCGGAUUUUAGCGACGCAAUCGGUGAUCUGGGUUUUUAUUUUGCUUGAACUGGGUUUGAAGAAAAAAAAGAAUCCUUUGGUGAAAAAUGGAUCGUGUAGUUGGUGGUAAGUUCAAGCUCGGACGUAAGCUUGGAAGUGGUUCCUUUGGUGAAAUUUUCCUAGGAGUGAAUGUACAAACUGGAGAAGAAGUGGCUGUUAAACUUGAACCUCUCCGAGCUAGGCAUCCUCAGCUUCAUUACGAGUCAAAGCUUUAUAUGCUUCUCCAAGGAGGAACUGGUAUUCCUCACCUCAAAUGGUUUGGUGUUGAGGGUGAAUUCAACUGUAUGGUGAUCGACCUUCUCGGUCCUAGUAUGGAGGAAUUUUUCAACUAUUGCAGUCGAUCCUUCACUCUUAAGACUGUUCUAAUGCUCGCAGAUCAGAUGAUAAAUAGAGUCGAGUAUAUGCAUGUACGAGGGUUUCUUCAUCGUGAUAUCAAGCCAGAUAACUUUUUGAUGGGUCUUGGACGCAAAGCCAACCAGGUGUACAUCAUUGACUAUGGCCUUGCCAAGAAGUAUAGAGAUCUUCAAACGCACAAGCAUAUUCCAUACAGGGAAAACAAGAAUCUUACAGGAACAGCUCGAUAUGCAAGUGUUAACACCCAUCUUGGAAUUGAGCAAAGUAGAAGGGAUGAUCUGGAAUCUCUUGGCUAUGUGCUUAUGUAUUUUCUUCGAGGAAGCCUUCCUUGGCAAGGCCUUCGUGCAGGUACCAAAAAGCAGAAGUAUGACAAGAUCAGUGAAAAGAAAAGACUUACACCAGUGGAGGUCCUCUGUAAAAACUUUCCACCUGAGUUCACAUCGUAUUUUCUCUAUGUGCGUUCAUUACGGUUUGAAGACAAACCAGAUUAUUCAUACCUAAAGAGGCUUUUCAGAGAACUAUUUAUCCGAGAAGGUUAUCAGUUUGACUAUGUAUUUGAUUGGACAAUAUUGAGGUAUCCACAGUUCGGCUCCAGUUCCAGCUCCAAUUCCAAACCAAGACCAAGUUUAAGACCGGCUAUGAAUAUUCCAGUACCAUCUGCCGACAAAGCGGAAAAGCCUUCAAUUGGGCAGGACAGCCGCGAGAGGUUCUCAGGUGUUUUCGAGGCAUACACCAGAAGAAAUGGCUCAGGAACCGGUGUUCAAGCUGAUCAAUCUAGUAGACCAAGAACCUCAGAGAAUGUUCUUGCAUCCAAGGACACGCAAAACCAGGAGAGGCCAAUCUCUUUGUCUAGGAACCAGAGUUUGUCAAGAAAAGCAAUUGCUGGGUCAAGUGUUCGAGCUACUUCCUCAGCUGAUUUCACAGAGAAUCGAUCAAGCAGACUCAUCCCAAACAACGGUCGGUCCUCUACAACUCAGAGGACCCAGUUUGCUCCUUCGUCCUCCUCUUUAGCCGCAAAGGCUGCACCAACUAGAACCGCUCGGGACAUUACCCUUCAGAGCCUCGAGCUCCUCAGUAUUGGGAACAGCAAGAGGAAGUGACUAUCUGCAUUUGUCUCCCGCCAGGUUCACAGUUGGAUCAAAUUUAUCCAUCUUUGUUUCAGAAAUUAUUGUUAAGUAAGAAACAAACAUGAUUUGUUAAAAGAUAUAAAUAUUAUACAUGGCUUUUCUUCCUAAGAUCAGUGUUGUUCAUAUUGUAUUUGUUAAAUUAUCCUCUUUAACGCCAAUAAUUUUAUGAUUAAAUGUAUUGUGACUUAAAUGUGUCUGAACUUUUUAAAAAGUAA